AUAGCAACAGCCUGUAUAAUUCAUAGACUCGCAGGUGUAGCAGUAAGGUUGUUUUUUUUGGGGGGGGGGGUGGGAAGCCUUUGUGUUAGGCUCCAUGUUGUCGUUGUUUGUAGGGGUGCAUGGCAGCCGCGCACCAGUCUGAAGGAGACUCGUUCUCCGACGAGGACGUGAGUCGGCUGUACUGCAAAGUGUUUCGUGAUGCCUGUAGUGUAGAUGAAGUGCGCGUGGCUGUGAAGAAGUUUUCAGAAGAUGACAGUGAGUGGUCCUGCAUUGGUGAGCGUAUUUUGGAUGGCCUCAUAGAAAUGAAGAAAAUGAAGGAGAAGAAGGAAAAGAGAGACAGAGAGAAACUUGAUUGCGUUCAGUCAUACUGGGAACUCCCGCUGCUCAAUGCGGGACAUCUGGACGCGCUGCACCUAAACAACAACACUUCACCUGUCGCUAAUGCUUCUGCGCUCAAGUGCGCACACCAACCCACACAGAGGAGGACACGGGCGGAAGAAGACAUGAGAGGAGUGCGGCGUCUCCAAAAGGCAGCCAGACAGAGCUGGGCCAGACUUGUGACAGAAGGUGUGCAAAGCAUACUGGCCUGUCUGUGGCCGGUUCAAAGCCCAGGGGUCAGAGGUGAAGCUUGGGGCUACGUGUCCUAUUCAGACAUCCUCCUCUUGAACGAAGUCAAGUACGAUUUGGUGACUCGUUUGCUUUGCGCUGAUAUGCUGCAGGAGCACCACAGUGUGCAUGUGUGGGAGGCUCUGACACCAUGGCAACGUGAAAAUGAAGAGUUUUGGCUUGAGGAGUUCGCAGACGAAGCUUUGGCGUCCGACGACAUGAUCGCUUUGGCUGAGCUGCCGGGAGCGUUUACUAGAUACAGCGCUUGUCCUGAGUCCAGAGAAGAAUGCUUCACAGCAGUUUCUCUCUUGUACAAAUUAAACGCUUGUCGUCGACAAGAGAGGGAAGACCUAACAGCCUUAGUUGAGAGGCUGGACAAGGCGAGCCUCAGACUGUUGUGUUUGUACAUUCGAUCAGCAACACUCAGAGCUCAAAGAGAAAAAACGGCUUUGAGUGCAUAUUUGGCAGUCAGACAAUCCUGGGACGCGUGGCCGCGUGUUCACAGUCCAUGCAGAGAAGAGCAGGCUGCCGCAUUACUACGCAGUGAUGACGACGUGCAAGAACACAUGACAGACUUCAACUCGCAGUCAUCAAAGCAGGCAUUACUACAGUUGCUAGUGCUGACUCAGCAGCAGGAGAGGACGCAGCUGGUCCGCCUGAUACAUGGAGUCACUUUGGAGGAUGUACGAAAGCCAGCUCCCACAGACUCUCCUAAAACAAGUUGUAUAAAGAAGCUGCAACAAAUCUGCUCCUCCAGUAAGAAUCAACCCCGGUGUGACAUCAGCGGACCCCCAACAGAGUGGUCCCAGGGCCAGCUGGAACGAGGUGCCUUGUGUCUCUUGACGCAUCUCCUGGAGAUCCAGGAGAGGCAAACAUCCUCAUUCCUUUCGGCACUGUUGGACGAGAAUGAGCAUCCCCAAGUGCUGAGACCUGAGUACCAACCCAAACUCCAAGCGGAGCACCUGCACUCCAACCUGCUCCAACUCCUCAAUCCAGAUGCCCCUGAUUCCAAUUUGAGCAGUCGGGAGCAAGUUCCACAUCAGUCCUGCACUAGUGGACCUGCGGAGGCCCAGAACCUCAUUGCCGGACCACGUGGCUCUCAGACAGUAGCCGACGCAAUUAGCACACAACUCGGUGGAGUCCAAGCUGAGGAUGUACCUGAUAAACAGGGUGUCUGCGCAGGCUGUGGCAUGACACUGGGGGGUCUGCCCUAUUUGGAGAUCUUAUGUGUUCCAGAUACACUGAGUAAAACCGAUGGCAAAGGGGGACAGGAUGAUGAGGAACAGGACGGCGAGACAAAGAAGCGCAACUGCGAGGAACAGGACUUGCUGAUCCCUCUGGCUUGGAGCACACAGCUUGAGGACAACACAGGUCACGAGGGGGCACCUGCACAUGCUGUUGAUGACCAAAUGCAGCCCUGUGGCGAGGGCGCCACAGCCAAACACACACUUGGCGCAAGCCGUGAAGAAGAGUUGAGCAAGCCUCAACCUGCAGAGCAACACUGCGGCCCACAGGAGCUCCACUUGGAAGAGGGGGCAGAUAAAGAAAAUGGCCUGCACACAAACCUGGUGCGUGGACAGCAGGCCUUGCUUGACUCUCUGGAUGUGAACACAACUGACGAGGACAGAGACAUGGCGAAGGAUCUUAGAGCUCCUGAGCCCACCGCGCAGGCUACAGGCCACUGCAGCAUAAAUGAGAGUAAGGCAACAAAGGAGGGCGUCCGAGCAAUGGAACCAGUGUCUGCAGUGGAGAGAGAAAAGACCAUGCGUAAAUUGGUGGAUGUGCAUCGCCGGGUGGAAAGGAAGCAGCAGAGGAACCGAGAGAGACAGCAGCUGAGGGUCCAGGAACGUCUGUCCAUCAUCCAGAGCAGAAAGGCAGAUGAGGAUUUAUUUGGGCCGAAGAACACAGACAGGAUGAGAUACCUCAGAAGACAAGAGUCGGCAGAAGACGCUGGUCAGAGAACAACUGGAGCAGCUCAGAAGGGAACGGUCUUUUAUCAUGCAGUGCAGAAGAAAGAGGUAAAACUUCAGGAUCAAGCUAAAGUGGUGCGGUACAGUGAACAACUGGUUAGAGCGUCUUGCCUCACAGUUCUGAGGACUGGGGUUCAAAUCCUGGCCCCGCCUGUGUGGAGUUUGCAUGUUCUCCCCAUGCCUGCGUGGGUUCCCUCCCACAUCCCAAAAACAUGCGUGGUAGGUUAAUUGACAACUCGAAAUUGCCCGUAGGUGUGAAUUUGAGUGCGAAUGGUUGUUUGUUUAUACAGCAUGUGCCCUGCGAUUGGCUGGCGACCAGUUCAGGGUGUACCCCGCCUCCUGCCCGAUGAUAGCUGGGAUAGGCUCCAGCACUCCCGCGACCCUUGUGAGGAUAAACGGCUCGGAAAAUGGAUGAACCUAAAGUGCACUAUAAGCUUUGCAGGGAAACAUAAUUUGAUCUUGUUAACUUUUGAAUGCAUGUCCAAUUGUUUUAUCACAACUUGCUGUUCUCUAACAAGAUGAAGAGCAGCAAAAUUCACAGGUCUGGACCAAUAAGCUUUCUGGUUCAAUUACAAUUGGUAAAAGUCCUCUUCAAUUCCUUCAUAUUUUGACAUCUCAAGAGCAAGACCUGGAAGUCACAGAAAGUCAUUGAAGUGGAUGUCUUUGAAUAUUUUCAUGGAUUAAA